AUGAGCACUUGUGUUGUCACUACUACCACUACUACUGUUCUUAACGAUCCACCUCAACCUCCGGUGGUGGAUGCAACUCCUCCAUCAGCAACGGCUCGCCAUGAUGGCGGUGGUGGUGGUCAUGAGGAAAAGAAGACAACAACACCUAGCAACCAUGGUAGCAACACGAGUGGUAGCAAACACAUCAACAAGCUCCAUCGACGAUUAUCACGUUGCCCUUCUACAACGCUAUCGGAUUUGAUCCCUGCCGCCACCGCCGCACUCCGUGAACAGCAAGCAGCUGAGGACACAAGUGCAGAAACAACACCCUUAGCUCGUGCCUUGACCAAGGUUAAAUUGCAAAUCCAAAGCAAACGACUCAAAGAACGUUAUCUUGGUCAUGAAUGGAUUCGUUUGGCGCUUGAUUUACCAGUGGAUGAAUGCAUGAUCAAUAAUCCCAAAUGUGCACCUGAGCCUCGUAUCAUUGUCAAACCACGUUUACCAGAUGAAUUACCACCACCCUCUGCUAUGGAUAAUCCAGAAGCUGCAGCAACACGUACCAUUGCAUUAAAAAAGUUGAGCAGACGUACGGGUGAGAUUGUUGCAUGGUACGAGUGGAAAUUUGAUAAAUCUAAAUUCACGGUCGAGGAAAUACAAUCCAAAGUCGAUCGAUUACGACAAAUCAAGAUUGAAUACGCUGCUGCUUCAAGUCCUACUACAACUACAACAUCUCCUUCCCUUUCACUACGUCGUCAUCGUGCUAACUCAUCCGCUGCUGCUACUUCAAAGACAUCAACAACAACAACAUCUCCUUCUCGCUCAUUACGUCGUCAACGUGCUACCUCAUCCGCUGCUGCUGUUGCUCUUACCACCAUUGUAGAGACUCAAUCCUCCCCAUCCAACGAGUGA